UUCAAGGCCGAGUAGGACUAUAGAGUGGGCAAGCGGCAGACGUGUGGGUCGUACCGACUACCGGCGAGAUGGCCUUGACCGGCGGAGACAGCGGCUGUGCUCGCGGCGGGCUCGUCUGCGUGACUGGCGCCAGCGGUUUCAUCGGCUCCUGGCUCGUCCGCCUCCUCCUCGACCGUGGCUACACCGUCCACGCCACCGUCCAGAACCUCCAGUACGAGGGCGAGACGAAGCACCUGCAGGCUCUGGAUGGCGCGGACACGCGGCUCCGGCUGUUCCAGAUGGACCUCCUCGACCCCGCGUCCGUCAGGCCGGCGGUCGAGGGCGUCCACGGCGUCUUCCACCUGGCCUCCCCCGUGACACUGCAGCCCGCACAAGACCCUGAGAACGAGCUGCUGCUGCCGGCGGUCAACGGCACGCUCAACGUCCUCCGCGCCGCCAAAGACAGCGGCAUAAAGCGUGUCGUGAUGGUGUCGUCGCAGACGGCCAUGUUUCCGAGGAGGACAAACAGGGCUGGUUGGUGAGAUCAAAGGCUCCGUCCAAGAAACUGAUCGAUCUGGGUGUUCGUUUCACCCCAUUCGACAAACUGUCAGGGACACAAUGGAUUGCUUAAGGAGCAAAGGGGAAAUCUAGCAUGUGGCCUUGAAGAAAUAUGCAUUUUGUGUAUGCCAGGUUUGAAGAUUGUUGCGGGGAAGUUUUUCUGCUGUAUGAGAACUGACGUCCUGCACGUAACCAUGAUCAAUAAUGUAUGUUUUCCAUUUCAUGUUG